AUGGCUUUGACUUCCCGUUUGGGGCACUCUGUCACGCCCAAUGCCCUUCGAUCAUAUCUUGCAGAGUUUAUCUCCACAUUCCUCUAUGUCUUCGCUGCUGUUGGCGCUGCCAUGUCAUCUCGAAGAAUGAUGCCAGAUGCAGCAUCUGAAUCAUCAAGUCUGGUGGCAGUUGCAGUUGCCAAUGCAUUUGCCUUAUCUGCGGGUGUUUUUUUAGCAGCCAAUAUAUCAGGAGGCCAUCUGAAUCCGGCUGUCACAUUCGGCAUGGCUGUUGGAGGCCAUAUCAGCAUUCCCAUGUCCAUACUCUACUGGAUCUCCCAAAUGCUGGGCUCCGUCAUGGCCUGCCUUCUCCUGAGAACUGCUACUGUUGGACAGCAUGUUCCAACUCAUGCAAUUGCACCGCAAAUGACUGGCUUUGGUGCAUCCCUGGUCGAAGGCGUGACGACUUUCACCUUAGUUUACACUGUUUACGCUGCUGCCGACACAAAGCGGGGACCCUCUGGGGUCAUUGGACCUCUGAUGAUCGGGCUGAUUGCAGGUGCUAAUAUUUUGGCAUCAGGGCCCUUCACUGGCGGAUCAAUGAACCCUGCAUACUCCUUUGGAUCUGCUCUUGUUGGAGGGAGCUUCAAGAACCAGGCAGUGUAUUGGGUAGGACCCUUAAUUGGUGCAGCCAUUGCCGGGCUGUUGUAUGAUAAUGUGGUCUUUCCUGCUCGGAGCCCUGACUCGAGGGGAAUUGCUGAGGGGGGAGUUUAA